UACGAGCCUACAUAUAAACCCGACCCGAUCCAACAUCAGUAAGUAAAGACCCCUGCGCAGCCAUGUUCAUGUUUUUCUACCGCGUGGCUGUCAAAAUACUCGUAAGAAGAAAAGCUUACUUCUUCACAUUUCUCUCUCCGUCACCAUAUGGAGGCUCUCCGUCUAACGCCGUCGCAGGCGCCCCUCCUCCGCCCUAACCGCCGCUCCAAAUUGACUCGACACACCUUCCCUGGAUCCCACAACAAUCCCAUCAAGCCGUUUAUCAAUGCCACCCUCUCUAAACCGGCGGCGGAGGUCCCUCCGUUGCCUACGCCAUCGCCUGCAUGUUCGUCACCGACCUCUUCCUCCACAAGCACUGUUUCGAAUACUCCAAAGAGGGUUUCUUCCAAUUCUCUCCAGUACCCGCCCGGUUACGUAGGAGCCGUACCUGACCGUACGGUUCAUGACGGGACUAGUGACAUUAUAAACGCCAUGGGUUACUUGACGAAUAUAUUGUCUUCUAAGGUUUAUGACGUUGCGAUUGAAUCUCCCAUGCAGUUCGCUUCUAAGCUGUCGGACAGAUUGGGUGUCAAGUUUUGGCUCAAGCGAGAGGACUUGCAGCCGGUUUUCUCAUUUAAGCUGCGGGGAGCUUAUAAUAUGAUGGCAAAAAUUCCAAAGGAACAGUUGGAAAGAGGGGUUAUAUGCUCAUCAGCUGGGAACCAUGCCCAAGGUGUUGCAUUAGCUGCCAAGAAACUAGGCUGUAAUGCGGUGAUUGCUAUGCCUGUAACUACUCCAGAAAUCAAGUGGCAAUCUGUUGAGAGAUUGGGAGCAACUGUUGUUCUAGUGGGGGAUUCUUAUGAUGAGGCACAGGCAUAUGCUAAAAAAAGGGCCAAAGAGGAUGGUCGGACAUUCAUACCUCCUUUUGAUCACCCAGAUAUUAUUAUGGGGCAAGGAACAGUUGGGAUGGAAAUUGUGCGUCAAAUGCAAGUCCCAAUGCAUGCAAUCUUUGUGCCUGUAGGGGGUGGUGGGCUAAUAGCUGGUAUUGCUGCCUAUGUAAAGAGGGUUAAUCCCGAGGUAAAGAUCAUUGGGGUGGAACCCUCAGAUGCAAAUGCAAUGGCAUUGUCCCUUUAUCAUGGUGAGAGAGUGAUGUUGGACCAGGUUGGUGGUUUUGCAGAUGGUGUGGCUGUUAAAGAGGUUGGUGAAGAAACUUUCCGUUUGUGCAAGGAAUUGAUAGAUGGUGUGGUUCUUGUAAGCCGUGAUGCUAUCAGUGCCUCAAUAAAGGAUAUGUUUGAGGAGAAAAGGAGCAUUCUAGAGCCAGCAGGUGCUCUUGCCCUUGCUGGAGCUGAAGCAUACUGCAAAUAUUAUGGCCUUAAGGACAAAAAUGUUGUGGCAAUAACGAGUGGAGCAAAUAUGAACUUUGAUAAACUGAGGGUUGUGACUGAACUUGCCAAUGUUGGUAGGCAACAAGAGGCUGUUCUUGCAACUGUUAUGCCAGAGGAGCCUGGGAUGUUCAAACGCUUUUGUGAACUGGUGGGACCUACGAAUAUCACUGAGUUCAAAUACAGAUGUAAUUCUGAAAAGGAGGCUGUUGUUCUGUACAGUGUUGGGCUUCAUGCAGUGUUUGAAAUUGAAGCAUUGCAGCAGCGGAUGGAAUCUUCUCAACUAAGAACUUACAAUCUUACAUCAAGUGACUUGGUCAAAGAUCAUUUACGUUAUUUGAUGGGUGGCAGAUUGAAUAUUUGCAAUGAGGUUCUUUGUCAUUUUGUUUUCCCAGAAAGGCCUGGUGCUCUCAUGAAGUUCUUGGACGCUUUCAGUCCUCGUUGGAACAUUAGUUUGUUCGAUUACCGUGGGCAGGGUGAAACUGGUGCAAAUGUGUUGGUUGGAAUCCAGGUUCCUGAAAAUGAGAUGGAUGAGUUCCAUAACCGUGCCAACAAUGUUGGAUAUGCAUACGAUAUUGUAACUGAUGAUGACAACUUCCGGCUUCUGAUGCAUUAACCGGAGACACCCUGUGAUUUUUCAUCUGGAUUAUUCUACUAGCCAGCACUCGAACUUCUUGGAGCAAAGUGGAGAAGAAAAAUACAAUAUCGCCAACAUUUCUGUGUAAGCAAGCCAUUAUUGCUCGCUCUAAAGUGAAGAGGGAAGUUUUGUCUUAUGCUUUGUGGUUCUUUCGCUGUCAUUUUUGUAAUAUAUGAUGAGGGUAUCAAAAGCUUUAAAUGAUAAGUGGUGGUAUUGUAUUAAUUUCACAAAGGCUAAGCAACGCUUGAAUCCAAGGCAUAAUAAUGUUGUAUAUUUAUGAGGAAACUUAGUGAUUUUUAUUUUA